GCAUGUUCUUAAAUAACGGACGUCCUAUCGUAGAUUCGCGCAUGUCGAAGGUAACCGAAGUCGGUUCCGACCUUUCGAGCAUCCGACAUUUCGAUCAUCCGCUCCGUUCCCCCUUUCGGCGUAUCCGCGAAGCGUCGGCAACGUCGGAACAUGCGCUUUCGAAUGCGAGGACGAAAUCGGCGAUAGCACGAGACGAUAUAGAUCAUUUUCCAACACGUUCGUGUGCACACUCCCCGUUCGCCGUACGAAAACGUGUUCGACACCAAAGGCCAAUUCGUUCAUUGUCCGUGCCCGUCCACAACAAAGAUCCACCCUUCGGUUCAAUCGGCGGCGUCCAGAAGGUGGUUCCCGGUGUGCCCCCCCGUACGUUCAAAUCGAAGGCAUGAAAAUGAAGAUUUUCAAGUAUUUAAUAUUAAAUCGUGUCAUUAGAAGUCCCAAAACUGUUAGUAAAAAGCAAAUCUCCAUCUGAAUCCGACCUACGCCCCACGUUCGUCGCGUACCGUUUGGACAGUGACAGUGAACUAUCCGCAGCAAUCCAUCCACCGCCACCGCCAACCAAGAAGUGUGAUCGAGUGUUCGCGUAGUGUGAUAACCGGACCCAGCUAGCUACCUCGUUUCGUUCAAAGAUCAAAAUAAAUGUAUUUAAAUAAUAUGUGUUCUAGUGAAUAUAAAUACAAUAGGGAGUAUUGCAUCGAACUGUUGGACAGAUUGGCGGCUAUCUGCACGAAUAAGAUGGACAAUGUGGAACACGGAUUCGCAUCGAACAACAUUGGCUACCGAGCUAAGAACGAUCCGGGAGACUGACACAAGAGGACCAAAUCGCACUACCAUGAUUAUUUGACGUUCAUUUGAUGUUUUCCCGGCUAAGGCGACUUUUUGGUUCGAAUGAGAUGGCAUAAUUACCUUUUACCCUGAGAGGCUUCUAAGAUAAAGGAAGGCAAAAAGGAAUUGUAACGAGUUAUGUGGAAUUGGUGAUGUUCCUCCAAAGUGCGUUUUGAUUAAUCAUAAUCGAGGAAGAAUAAACUGCAAAGUGUGUAAAGGACAAAAGGACUCCUUCAAAAGUGUGAUUUUAUGUUAAUGUUUUAUUUAAAUUUGAUCAGAUAAGAAAUAUCGGUGUUCUAAGUGUUCAAAAUAUUCAUACUUUAGGUUUCCCUAUAUUUUGUUUUUGUGUGUGUGAAGAAUAAAGAGAGAAACUGAACAAUUGCAAAGCGACAAUGACUAGUUUGCUAUGCAAUUGGUAUUUUAAAAAACAAGAUGAAAAGAAGAUUAAGGAACAAGAAAUCGGAUUGCUUGGAGGAUCGAUUCCAAGCGACCACAACAUGUUCAUCAACAAAGGCCACGACGAUGAGAUGGAAAUAUUCUGCUACAAAAGGUGCAGGAUCAAAACUGCCCUAACUUACCUCUUGUUCAUCCUGACAGUCGGCGUUGCACGGCUGAUUUACCACUGGGUACCCCAAUGGUACCUCUAUUCAACUUCAGUCAGGUGCAAGGUCGCUGAAGCUGAAAGGAUUUUGGUAUUGGAACUCUACAAUGGCAAGCACAAAAUAUACCACGUAGAAGAUGUGACAAUUUUAACUGUGGACAAAAUUAAGGAGUUGAUGAAUGAGCACGAUGAGUCUUUUACAACGUUCCCCGUACAUUUUGAUAAUGGAAUCUUCCGAGACGUUGAAAAAUUGCUGACUUUCUGCUGCAAAAAGGUUAUCUACAUCUGGGACGAUGAACGUCAAGAUUUUAUUAAGCUGAGUGGCUUGGAUAAAGGCGUUUCCCUUCAUGAACUAAGAGAGAGCAAAGGGUUGGCCAUUAAAGAUCAGUUUUUGAGGAAAAUCAUUUUUGGCCCCAACGAAAUCGAAGUCAAAGUUUCAUCCAUCACCAAACUGUUGUUUUUGGAAGUACUGAACCCGUACUACAUUUUCCAAAUUUUGAGCUUCGCCUUGUGGUUCGCCGACAAUUAUUACGUAUACGCCACCACCAUUAUUCUCAUGUCAGCCGCCAGCAUAGUCACUUCCGUCAGGCAAACCAGAAAGACCGAGAAGAAGCUGAAGAACACCGUGCACAGUGUGGGCAACUGCGUGGUGCGCCGCAACCACCCCAGCCCCUCCGGCGGCUUCGUCCUGCGAUCCGAGGAGGUACUGAAGGAGGACCUGGUACCGGGCGACGUCAUAGAAAUAUCGGACGAGUGCGUGAUGCACUGCGACGCGGUACUCCUGUCCGGCACCUGUAUCGUCAACGAGUCCAUGCUGACCGGCGAGUCCGUGCCCGUCACCAAAAACCCUCUGUCCGCCGAAAACGCCAUCUACGACUCCAAAGAGCACGCCCGGCACACCCUGUUCUGCGGCACCGAGGUCAUACAAUCGAGGAACGUGAACAAUCAAACGGUUCUCGCCGUGGUCAUCCGUACCGGGUACUCGACCACCAAAGGUAGCUUGGUGAGGAGCAUACAGUUCCCGCCGCCCGUUGAUUUUAAGUUCGAGAAGGAUUCGUACAAGUUUAUCGGUGUGUUGGCAGUGGUUGCUUUUAUGGGUUUUAUUUAUACCAUCAUCUCUAAGGUUUUAAGAGGCAUUAAGGUUGGCGAGCUGAUUUUGGAGGCUUGCGAUCUGAUCACCAUCGUGGUACCGCCCGCCUUGCCCACCGCCAUGACCAUUGGUCAGCUGUCGUCGCAGAAACGGCUGGAGAAGAAGGACAUAUUUUGCAUAUCACCGCGUACCAUUAACGUGGCCGGAUCGCUGAACUGUGUCUGCUUCGACAAAACUGGUACUUUAACUGAAGAUGGAUUGGACUUGGAUUGCAUAGUUCCAGUCGAGAACAAGAAAAUCCAAACAGCUGUUAUGGAAGUGGGUAAAAUGCCCAUUACCGACUUCAUUUGUGGCAUGGUUUGUUGCCAUUCACUGAAAAUAGUCAAGGAAAAAAUCGUCGGUGACCCACUGGACUUGAAAAUGUUCAACAGCACCAACUGGGUAUUCGAAGAGAUCCCCUCAAUGAACAUUACGGCCUUCAAAAGCCCUAUAAUUCCAGGCUGCGAGGGCCACGAGCUGGAAAUCGGGUUGUUCGAGGAGUUUCCGUUCUCCAGCAGUUCCCAAAGGAUGGGCGUGAUUGUGCGUAGGAUCAAAGACGACGUACCCGAAGAGUUCGAGUUCUUUUGCAAAGGAUCACCGGAGAAAAUUCUGGACUUCGUACGACCAGACUCAGUACCAGACGACUUUCAAGACGUUUUAGAUGAUUACACUCAAAAAGGCUACAGGGUAAUCGCCUUGGCUCACAAACGACUUAAUAUCAAAAAGGUGACCAAGGUGAAGAACUUGAAGAGGGAGGACUUGGAGUCUAACCUGACGUUGUUGGGGCUCAUGGUUUUCGAAAACAGGUUGAAGCCCAUCACCAAGCAGUGCAUUAAAACUCUGAACGACGCCAACGUGAGGGUCAUCAUGGUCACAGGUGAUAACAUUUUGACCGCCCUAAGUGUGGCCAAGAAAUGCGACAUGAUCACCCCAGGCCAAAGCGUUAUUACAGUGAACGCCGACAAUAACGUGCCAGCCAAUUUGUACUACACUCUAACCGAAACCAAAGGCAACGUGACCAAAGACGUGAGCAUCCUAUCCAAUUCCAUCACCAUCAGCAUGGAGACGGAGGAGACGGUGAUCAAUAGCAACAGCAAGGACUUCAAGAAGGCCAAACAGAACUACAACAACUACAGGUUCGCCAUGACGGGCAAAACCUGGGCGGCCCUGAAGGAGUACCACCCGGAACUGCUUCAGAAAAUCGUCGCCAGGGGCACGAUAUUCGCCCGCAUGUCUCCGGAGAAUAAACAGCAGCUGGUGCAGGAGUUGCAGGGCAUUGGAUACAUCGUGGCAAUGUGCGGGGAUGGCGCAAACGAUUGCGGGGCGUUGAAGGCUGCGCACACCGGUGUGUCGCUGUCCGAAGCCGAGUCUUCGGUGGCCUCGCCCUUCACGUCGACGAAGCCGGACAUAAGCUGCGUCAUUGAGGUCAUACGAGAGGGACGAGCCGGCCUGGUCACCAGUUUUGGCAUUUUCAAGUACAUGGCGGCUUACAGCUUGUGUCAGUUCACCUCCGUGCUCAUACUGUACAGUAUGGAUGCCAAUUUGACGGAUUUCGAGUUCCUGUUCAUAGAUCUGGGUAUUAUUGCUACGUUCACGUAUUUCUUUGGUAAAACUGAGUCGUUUGAUGGCAAGCUGGUUAAGGAAACGCCGUUGAGUAGCUUGAUUAGUAUCAUACCGAUCCUGUCGUUAUUCUGUCAGAUGUUCCUGGUGGUGGUGUUCCAAAGCGCCUCCUUCUUCCAUCUCAAGAGCAUGGAUUGGUACGUCCCGUUUAAUGCCACGGAACGGGAAGACAAAGAUGACAACAGUUCGUUGGAAAAUUAUGCUGUUUACACGAUUUCUAGUUUUCAAUAUGUAAUCCUAGCUGUAGUUUUUUCCAAAGGUAAACCUUAUAGGAAAAGUAUUAAUACAAAUUAUGGGUUUAUCAUAGGUGCAUUAGUUCUUACAGUAGCUUGCGUGUACAUGGCGGUGUCGCCUUGCACAGCACUAGUAAGAUGGUUCCAACUAGAGAUGGCACCUGACAUGUGGUUCAGGUGGAUCCUGGUUAUUUAUGCUGUGUGUAACUUUGUACUUAGUAUAUUCGUAGAAAACGUUGUGAUAGAUAAUUACUUAUUCAAGAAGUACCACAAGAACGACGAGUCCAAGAGGAAGUACUUAGAAAUUGAAAAGAAACUAAAGGAGGAUACCAAAUGGCCCGUUUUAUCCGACUACACCUCGGAAACGAGUCCCACGACUCCGCUGCCCAAAACCACCGUGGACAUCGUGUACGAAAAGGAGAACUUCGACAAGAACCACGUCCUGAACAAACUUUACAACCCGUCCGACAGCCAAACGAGCAUCAACAAGCUGAACAACAGCGGCGAAGUCAACGGCUACGUCAUCGGCAUGGACGUCUCCAAUUUGAGCAAGAACGUCGAGAACGGGUUCUACAGCCAAGACGAUUUGUACACUAGUCUUCCAUCACAGAACUACUCGAGUCAAAGCGAGACUUUCAAGAGUUUCAGCAACGGCACUAAUUUCGAUUUGGCCAAUUCCCACGAGAACAUCGACGAUCUGCCGUACGACGACGUCGACAUCGGACGUCAGUCCGUCUCUCCUAGUCACGGGAACUGUCUUCAGAACGGGGACGCUUCCAAUUUCAAUUUGUUUGGGUCUAGUCCGAAGAAUAAGGUUGAAGUUGAGGAAGUUGUUAAAAUGAAUAAUAUUACUUACACUAGGUGAAACUUGUUGAGAGGAUUUUUGUUAUUUUCCUUGUUGAAUUGGUGAUACUAAUUAGUUUUUUUGUAAUUAUUUUUUUGGUAAGCAUAAAACAAUUAUAGUUAAUAAUUUUUAGGAUUUAAUGUUUUAUUUAAAUAUUAUCAAUUGUUAUUACAAACUAAGUAUUAUAUAGUUGUUAUUAGAGUAGGUAGAAAAAAAUAGUGAUAUAGAAUUAUUUGGUAUUAAUUCAGCAUUUUAAAUGAAAUGUUUGUUUUUUUUCUUUUAUUAAGUGUAAUCACAACUUUAGAAUAUUUUUAUAAAAACUAGUUAUUUAUUUUAUAUGAAUUUUAUAUUUACAAUUCAGAUUGUUAUGUAAUUAAAUUUCAAGUAUUAUUUUAUACAACAACAAAAUAUUUGAACAUUUUUGAGGGCUAUAAUAUUUCUACUGUCCACAAAGUUAUUUAUAAUUAUUUAUUUUAGUUAUUUGUAGGCAAUAAAUAUUAAUGAGCA